CCUGACUUAGCAGCCAACGAGGCCCAGCUUCUGAGGAAGAUCCAGUUAUUGUGCCUUAUGGAGAUGACUUUCACACGACCUGCCAACCACAGACAACUCACUUUUGAAGAAAUUGCCAAAAGUGCCAAAAUCACUGUGAACAAGGUGGAGUUGCUGGUGAUGAAGGCACUCUCGGUGGGGUUGGUGAGAGGCAGCAUAGACGAGGUGGACAAGCGGGUUCAUAUGACCUGGGUGCAGCCUCGAGUGCUGGAUUUGCAGCAGAUCAAGGGGAUGAAGGACCGUCUGGAGCUGUGGUGCACUGAUGUGAAAAGCAUGGAGAUGCUGGUGGAACACCAGGCUCAAGACAUCCUCACCUAGUGCCCCAUGUUCUGCAGACCCUGCUUCACCUUGCAAGGCAUUUCUGUGGCCCCUGAAACCAUCAGCAGAGAUCUGUAUUGAAUUGGGAUGGAGUUUGGGAUCCCGCUAAGAAUAGGAACUGUUCUUGCUAUAAAAGCAGAGAUCUUUCAUUGAUGGGGGUUUGAAUACUUGCAGAAGGCUCCUGUGUUGGGUGUUUUGUAGCCUGCAAGGGGUGAAAGGGGUACUCCUGGCCUAGGUGAUGAGGAAGAGCAAGAAUGGGAAUGGGGUAGUCUCUGUAGUCUCCACCCAAAUUCACUUGAGUGGGCCUUUUCCAACAUUGUCUGAGAAUGCCCCUAUAAUAAAUGCCUUUGCUUUGUUCUGCUGA